GGAGCCACGUGCUUGUGCCAUGGACUUCAGCCCCUUGCGCCGCGCUGGGACGACUGUGGCAGCGGCAGACCGAGCCUAUGAGCGCGAUGCGAAAGCAAAGGAGUUGAUAGGCACAUUGCCCACUGAUAGUGUCAUGCAGUAUCAGCUGGCUCUGCGUGUGGAGCUGGAAAGGCAGACCAAGCAGCUGGAAGAACUGUUGAGAAAGCAGGCUGACACCGCUUUCAAGCAGAACUUCGAACAUCGACAGGAGGUGCAAGGAAUCUCGGAAGCCUGGCAGCUGGUUGCCCGGACGCUGGGAGAGCAGCUUUCUUCCAUGCACUCCCUGCAGAAGAAGAAUCAGGAGACUUGCAAGCGCUUGGAGCAAGCAGUGUCGAAACUGCUAGAGGGAGAAGCAGAGGCGAAACUGAAGGAGAUUGUUACAGAGAAUACAGAGAAGAUUGACAGAUUUCACAGUCAGUUCUCGAUCUUGCACCAGCAAAGCCAAAGAAUGGAGAAGUCCGUGCUGGAUUUGAUGAAAGCUGCACCGCUGAAAGUCCACACGCUUGGCUCUGACCUUCCUGGCCUUCCUGACCUACCUGGACAGUCAGAGGAUGACUCGCGAUUCAACUCUGAGGACACAGCUUUGCGCGCGUCUGUGCGAAAGGAGCGUCGGCGCGACCGUACCUUGAAGGUCAUGAGGGGUAGCGACCCACUCGGAGACGAGCAAACUUUUGCAGAUCUGCAAAAGCAGUACGGCAUUCGGCAGCGCACUGCUAACCCGGCAGAGGUGCAAAGCUCUUGUUGCCUUCGGGAUGUCUGCAACCAGAUUGUGGCCCACAAGCGCUUCGAAAUGGGCUGUGGAAUACUUGUAAUUCUUUGUGCUCUCAGUAUCGGAGUCGAAUCCGACUAUACCAUCCAGCAUGCUUUGGAACCGCAACACCCAAUUUUUCGUGCUUUGGAUUUAACAUUCAAUCUCUUCUUUGCAUUGGAGCUCGCUGUGCGCUGGAUUUCUGAGGGCUUUCUGCACUUCCUCUCAUGUGACAACUCCGCGUUCAAAUGGAAUUGGAUGGACUUUGGUUUGGUCUCCUCUUCUGUGGUUGAAGAGAUCGCUGCUCUGAUGGCCGCUGCAAGCUUUCUGGAAGUCUCUGCGUUGAGAAUGCUACGAAUGAUGCGUUUGGUUCGGGUGGCUCGCAUCAUUCGAAUGCUGCGCUUCUUCUCUGAACUUCGAGUCAUGGUCAACGGAAUCAUGGGAUCAGCAAAGCCUUUGCUUUGGGCCUUCGUCUUCCUCCUGAUUUUGAUGUUUAUGGUUGGGGUCACUUUCAUGCAGUUGGCAGCCAAUUACAUGUCGCAGGACAACAUAGCUGCGGAUGAUGCGCUAUUGCUGUAUUGGGGCACGUUGGCUCGCACCAUGAUGACGCUUUACAUGGCAAUUUCUGGUGGUAUCGAUUGGAAGGAUUGUGUGCAGCCACUGCAUGUGGUAAGUUCUGUUAUGGAGUACAUGUUUGCAACAUACGUAUUCUUCACGCUGUUCUGCUGCCUCAACAUUGUGACCGGUAUUUUUGUAGACAACGCAAAGGCUUUGAAGUCAGCAGACGAAGAUGCAAUGUACCUGGAGGCAGUCACUGAGAGAAAGCGUUGGAUUGCUGAAGUGAAGGAUCUCUUUAUGCGACUUGAUUCAAGUGUCAACGGCACAUUUACGUUUGAAGACUUCAAAGUGCAAGUCUCCAGCAUCAAAGUGCAGACUCUGUUUCGCAAGCUGGGCAUCAACAUCGAUAAUAUCGAAGCUGAGGAGCUCUGGGAGAUCCUCGACGCUGACAACAGCGGUGAAAUAGAUGAGGAAGAAUUUGCCAAAGGUCUCAAGUACUUCCAGGGCCCUGCGCAAAGCAUUCAUAUUUACCGCCUCAUGAAAGAGAGUGCGAAGCUGCAUGACAAGGUGGAGGAUCUCCAGGAUGUCAUCGCAAAGUGUCUACCGACGAGUCUACCCAGGACAGAGGCAGAUCCAGUCUGAGGAUUCUGAGGGCUGAGUGGGAUCCAGCAGAUUUUCAACGCGUGCGCCGAUCAUAUUCACCCGAGUGUUAAGCCUAACUGUUAAACUUAUCAACAUAGCGUAAAGAGCCACAAAGUGGCCAAAUUGAUACACGCUCCAAGUUCCUUUGAACAGAAGGAAUGUGCCUUAAACUCUCUCUGUGGGCUUCGGCUUGCUGUCGAUUCUGUC